CCAUAGCACCUUCAAACUUCAAUCAACCCUUUCUAUAACUUGGGACGGUAAAGCGUCAAGUGGCUUUCCCUUACUUGGGUGCCCAUAGCAGAACGGGCUUCCUAUUUUUUCUGCCCAGUUCACUAUGAGGCCCACCAUUACCGGACGCUGUUCACUUCCCCUUUAAACUACAGUUGGAAUGGACCCAUGAGCCUGUUCGGGUACUUGGGCUCCUAUUAAAAUAACACUUUGGUCUCUGUCAACAGUUCAAUCUGUGAUCCUCCUAAGACAGGCCCAAUCUACUGACUUCGUAACCGAGCAACAGCACCUGUGUCUCCUUCCUUCCUGGUCUAAGCCGUUCAUCUUCUACGUCGAUAAGCUCCUGCAACUCUUUACCGUUCACUCACAGUGGAUUAAUACAUCCCACCUUCCAUUUGCAAUAGACUCGUUACUUCCAUUUGACUUGUUUUCCAUUCCAGUGAACUAGAAGCCGAGGGGAAUUCAAUCGAAACUUCAGGAAAUAUUUCAUGAACGAACAUAUCAUAUGUUCUAUUACCAACAUGUAAUUGCACCUUCUCAUCAAUUUUGUACUUCAGGUGGGAAUGUGGAAGAAGAAUCCAAUUUCAUGGAAUUCUUUGAUAGGAGGUUAUGUAAGACAAGGGCUCGGAAGAAGAGCAUUGGAGGAAUUGGACGGAAUGAUGAACAGUGGUUUCAGACCUAAUCAGGUUACAUUUGUUAACAUUUUAUAUGUAUGUAGGGAUAAUGGGUUGGUUGAAGAAGGUGAGAGGCACUUCAACUCCAUGGGCCAGAAAUAUAAAAUACAAGCAGGGUUGGAGCAUUAUGCUUGUAUGGUGGAGAUCUAUGGGAAAGCAGGUCAGCUGGAUAAAGCAGAGAAAUUGAUAAAGGGUAUGACAUUUGAGUCUGAUGUAAUUGUUUGGGAUGCAUUUAGUAGAGCCUUUUGUUUGCACUCAGGUUUGGAACUUUGUGAAUUUGCCACAGAAGGUAUUUCAAAAUUGAAAAUGAAUUAUCCUGCAGCUUUUUCAGCAUUAAUAAGAUCCAUACUGAAACACGGACGUGGAGUAGUCUUAACUGAACUGAGGCCCUAGAAGCAGAUGAACGAAAAAGAGAAAUACUUCAAAACAGAAGGCUCAUAGUCGGGUUGAAUCCCUGUGAAAGUGAAAUGAACCAAUAUGGCUGUACACCCUUUAGUACAAUAGGCUUCUUAGGUGCAAACCCUUCGCCUGGGUGCCUGACUAGUUUAGCCUUUUGGACUCGACAUCUGGAUUUGUAUAGAUGAUGUUUUGAUUUGUGAGAAAUUGGUAUCCAGAUUGUGAUUACCACGAUCUCAUGGAUCUAGGUUUCUUUGGGGGCUACAAGUGAGAAAAAUAAAAUAGAACAGUUUUUGAUUCUUUGGUCGCUAAUUUUAGCAAAGAACCCUGAAUUAUAUGAAACAUUAAGAAUGUUUUGGCAUUGGCUCAUCAUGUAGAGUUGAAGAUUCGAGGUGAAUUCUUAGGUGGUUUUCAUAUCAAAGCCUCAAGCAUGAUUUGAUAUCAGCUCAUUAUAAUCAAGGAACCUUCAUAACCAGUGCUCCAUUAAGAUAAACCUGAAACUUUUCCGCCUCAACUGCUGCACUCAUAACAGCUAGCUUAAGGUCAGGUCGAUACUUUCAACACUUCUUUCAGAAGCACAAACAGCACAUCUGUAGCCAGAGUCCGUUCAUGGGCCUCAUAAAAAAUAAUCAUUUUAUAUCUUUCCAAAAGAGGAUCACUCAUUCCUUCCCUUACAAGCAUACCAUUCGUUAGAUACUGGCCAAAACAUCCCAAAAAAGAAAGAACUUUUCCACUCAUGUAGAAGCAAUUGAGCGAGUGAUAAUGCCAGAGUCUUCAAAAAUAUGCUAUAACAAACCUCCUGUCUAAUAGUUACAUCCAUCUCUUGCAGCUCAACGCGAAACAGAAAUUGCAGCCACUCUUCCAGGCUGAGUGCAAGCAAUUAUCAUCUUUCAGCAUUUAUCUGGAGUUUCAAGAACAACAGCUUCCAAGACAAACUAAGGAAUCUGUGAAACAGAAAUAUCCUUAGUCAAUUCCACAAAGUGAACCAUACAAUAUCUAGCGUCACCAAAAACGUCGAGUGAGUAGUUUUUUUCAUCAUGAAUGCGAACCGAAUGACAAAGAUUGACCUUUUCAACUGCUUAAUUGUUAAACGCGGAGGUUUUCCCACAAAUUGAAACCCUUUUACCAUGUUCAAUGAGGAACCUAUAAUCCAAGCUAAGAAAUGAACACAAAACAACUCAUGUUCACAGUGAAAAAAAGAAAGAGUAAAUUUUUGCUCCCCUGAAACAAACCUGAGUGGUUUUACCAGCACCAGCUCAUCCACCAAGAUUAGUGUCUGAUUAGAUUGCAAAGCUUGCAAAACUCAUGCUUCUGCUGCUAAACAGGCAGAGUCUUCCUAUUUUCAAGUAUCUUGUAAUACCUCUGCGAGUAAGGCCUGUAAUUCCAUUUAUUGAUCACGUAGUCUCCAUUCAGAGUGGCUUCAACUCCGUUGUAUACUUGACACUGCCAUAGAUUCCUUCUCCAACCAGCAGAGACUUUGGAAACUGCCUUUCGAGGCAAAAAUCUUCAUCAGAAACAGCUCUUGCUGGCAUUGCUUGCAGAUGAGGCCCAUAUCUAAGCACCCUACGAAUCAGAACUUGCCAUUUUAACUUCUUCACAUGUACUCGUCAAGUGACCAAAUUUUUCACAGCCAAAACAAGAAUCCCACAGCUUGUCAUGCUUGAACUCUGCCCACACUCUCUCUCAGCCUAUCUCGGGCACCCAGCAGUUGACGGAUUCAGAGCAUCAACUGAAACUCUGACCCUCAAAAUACCUCUCCUAACAAUUCCUUCUCAACAAAGAGGAUCUUCAGCUUCUAACAAAUCUCCUAUCUCUCUACCAAUCUUCUCAGCAUUCUGUUCA